GAGGGCUGGUGAGGAGGAAAUGACGUCUGGUGUAUUUUUUUUUGGUCUAACCAUGGCUCUUGACUGUGUGGUGAAGCUGGGAGGCAGUGCAGUGACUGUGAAAGAUGAGCUGGAAACCCUGAGAGUCGGGGAACUGCGCAGAGCAGCCGCACUCAUCAGUCGGCUCUGCCAGGAAGGCAAGAGAGCAGUGGUGGUGCAUGGUGCGGGGUCAUUUGGGCAUUUUCAAGCGAAGGAAUAUCAGGUGGCAAAAGGAAGGGCAGUUACUGAAGGCAGUGAUGGCAUUGAUCGCAUGAGGACUGGUCUGUGCCUCACAAGGCUGUCUGUUACUAAGCUGAAUCUGAUGAUAAUUGAAGAACUAGUGAAAGCUGGAGUGCCAGCGGUCGGGCUAUCGGCUUUCGGGAUUUGGAAAACUGCAGGGAGACGUGUGAUUCAGCAUAAUAUUUCUUCGGUUCACGAUGUGCUGGCAGCAGGGUAUGUCCCUGUUCUUCACGGAGACUGCGUUUUGGACUCCAAUCAACAUUGCUGCAUAUUGAGUGGAGACACCAUUAUAGAGGUCAUGUGUGAGGAGUUUAUUCCAAAGCGAGUGGUAUUCCUUACGGACGUUGCUGGAAUAUAUGAUCAGCCUCCACACAUGCCAGGUUCUCAGCUCCUGAGCCAGGUUUCUUUCAGAGCAGAUGGUAGUUUGGCGCUACCCAUCCAAACAGCCUCUCUUCCCCACGACACCACCGGUGGGAUUUCCAAUAAGCUUAGAACUGCCGUCAACAUACUCCUCAACAGCAAAGGGGCCACCCGCGUGUUCAUCUGCGAUAUCGACAGCGAACAAGUCCUUCUGCAAGGCGUGGUCAGAAAGAAUGGAGGCACUGAAUUAUCAAUAGAAGGUUCAUGACGCUUUCGUAUUUUGGCUGUAGAUCUGGUUUUGUUUGCAUCCCCUCCUCGCCCCCCAUGUUAACGUUAACUGUGAACCUCUGAACAUUUAAGUACCUGCUGAGUGGACUGAUUGAAAUUAAAUGUGUCACUUGAAGAAGGCAA